AUGCCGCGGUGGACCAGCUGGCGUAGCCUGCCGGAGACACUCAAGCAUCGUCGACGGCGCAAAGAUCGAGAUAAUCCACGACUACCUUUGGAAGAAGCCAAGGUCCUUCUCGGCAUCGUCGGUGCCCUGGCCGACGGCGCAGUCAUAGGGCUACCUUGCUUGAAAUCCGUCUGUUCCAUCGCCGACGCGGUCAUCACCAUAUGUCAGGAUAUAAAGACCAAUAAAGAUGACGCCGCUAAAUUAGCCGGGGACACCGAACAGAUCAAAGUUCUACUGAAGGCGGCGAUGAGGGACGAGAUGGACGAUAAUGUUUCUAACGAGAUGCUCAAGGAUGAUGUUGAGCGUUUGCAUCAUGUUCUGGAGUGUGUGUAUAGCCGGAUGAAAAAACUGUCCGAGAGCGGUCGCAUGAGCAGGCUAUGGAAGCAUCAGUCAGAUAAAGAAAAAAUACUGGAGUGCCGAAGAGACCUAGGUCACGCGAUGCAACUGUGCCAGCUCAUGGGCGUCGUGAAAAUAUGCGCUAGCUGGGACAAACAACACCGAGUUGCGGCAAGUGUGAGCGACAGCGAUUCACUUACGCAAGAUACGCAGAAGGCCCCGUCCUCGCAAAACUUGCUUCGUCUACCGGGUUUCAUCUCCUUUGACACCCAGGCUGGUGUUGACAAGGACGGCUUGGUAUGCUUUGGUGUGACUCUUAGAGCGAGCUACAAGGUUUUUUUUGGUUUAGACCAGUG